AUGGCCGCAACUCAGGAAAAAGCGACGCCUUGUUGCCUGGACGCUGCACCCGCCAAAUCCUCGGCUCUGCUUCGCAAGGCCUCCGACCCGAUGCGCGAUUGGACCGUUUCGGGCUCCGAUCCGUCCCAGGAUCCGAUCCGCAACAGAGCUGCUGUGCCGACCUUGAUCCGACCCAUCGAGACCCUUCCUGCUCCUUCUACAAACACCACUGCCACCAAAGGUCGCAUCCCAGUCAUGUUGAGGGCUCAAACCAGCCAUCCUUUGGAGCCUUUAUCUGCUGCUGAAAUCUCUGUGGCAGUGGCCACUGUCAGGGCAGCUGGAGCAACCCCUGAGGUGAGGGAUAGCAUGCGCUUUGUUGAAGUGGCUUUGGUAGAACCAGAUAAACACGUUGUUGCAUUGGCAGAUGCAUAUUUCUUCCCUCCUUUCCAGCCAUCAUUGCUUCCCAGAACUAAAGGUGGACCUAUGAUUCCUAGUAAACUUCCUCCCAGGCAAGCAAGACUUGUGGUUUAUAACAAAAAGUCAAAUGAGACGAGCAUCUGGAUCGUUGAACUAUCAGAAGUUCAUGCUGCAACUCGAGGUGGUCACCAUAGGGGUAAAGUCAUUUCAUCCAAAGUUGUUCCAGAUGUUCAGCCUCCCAUGGAUGCUAUGGAGUAUGCUGAAUGUGAAGCUGUUGUAAAGGACUUUCCUCCAUUUCGGGAAGCAAUGAAGAAGAGGGGUAUUGAGGAUAUGGACCUUGUGAUGGUGGAUCCUUGGUGUGCUGGAUACCACAGUGAAGCUGAUGCUCCUAGCCGCAGGCUUGCGAAACCGCUUAUCUUCUGUAGAACUGAGAGUGAUUGCCCUAUGGAAAAUGGUUAUGCUCGUCCAGUUGAAGGAAUCCAUGUGCUUGUUGAUAUGCAAAAUAUGGUGGUUCUUGAAUUUGAAGACCGCAAACUUGUUCCCCUGCCUCCUGCUGAUCCAUUGAGAAAUUAUACUCCAGGUGAAACACGAGGAGGUGUUGAUCGAAGUGAUGUGAAACCUCUACAGAUAAUUCAGCCUGAAGGACCAAGUUUUCGUGUUAAUGGGCACUUUGUUGAAUGGCAGAAGUGGAAUUUCCGUAUUGGUUUUACUUCCAAGGAGGGUUUGGUUAUCUAUUCCGUCGCGUAUAUUGAUGGUAGCAGAGGCCGGAGGCCUGUAGCCCAUAGGUUAAGUUUUGUUGAGAUGGUGGUCCCUUAUGGUGAUCCAAAUGCUCCGCAUUACAGGAAGAACGCAUUUGAUGCAGGAGAAGAUGGGCUGGGUAAAAAUGCGCAUUCUCUUAAAAAGGGUUGUGAUUGUUUAGGCUAUAUUAAGUACUUCAAUGCACACUUUACAAAUUUCACUGGGGGUGUUGAAACAAUUGAGAAUUGUGUUUGUUUGCAUGAGGAGGAUCAUGGAAUUUUAUGGAAGCAUCAGGAUUGGAGAACAGGUUUAGCAGAAGUUCGACGAUCUAGAAGGCUGACAGUAUCUUUUAUUUGCACUGUCGCUAACUAUGAGUACGGAUUUUACUGGCAUUUUUAUCAGGAUGGGCAUAUUGAAGCUGAGGUGAAACUUACAGGAAUUCUAAGCUUAGGUGCACUGCAACCAGGAGAAACCCGAAAGUAUGGUACAACUAUUGCACCUGGACUAUAUGCACCAGUGCAUCAACACUUUUUUGUAGCUCGUAUGGACAUGGCAGUUGAUAGUAAGCCUGGUGAAACUUUCAAUCAGGUGGUUGAAGUAAAUGUUAAAGUUGAAGAACCAGGAAAGAAUAAUGUUCACAACAAUGCAUUCUAUGCUGAGGAAAAAUUGCUGAAAUCAGAAUUGCAAGCAAUGCGUGAUUGUAAUCCUUUAUCUGCUCGCCAUUGGAUUGUCAGAAACACCAGAAACGUCAACCGCACUGGGCAGCUAACAGGUUACAAGCUAGUACCUGGUUCAAAUUGUUUACCACUAGCUGGUUCUGAGGCAAAAUUUCUGAGAAGAGCUGCUUUUUUGAAGCAUAAUCUUUGGGUCACAUCUUAUGCACGCGACGAAGUGUAUCCUGGAGGAGAAUUUCCUAAUCAAAAUCCACGCAUUGGGGAGGGAUUGGCCACUUGGGUUAAGAAAAAUCGGUCACUGGAAGAAGCUGACAUUGUUCUUUGGUAUGUAUUUGGAGUGACACACAUUCCUCGACUGGAAGACUGGCCGGUGAUGCCUGUAGAACGUAUUGGUUUUACGCUCAUGCCACAUGGGUUCUUUAAUUGCUCAACGGCGGUGGAUGUCCCCCCGAAUACAUGCGAUUUGGACCUCAAGGACAAUGGGAUGACUGGAAAACCUAUUCAGAAUGGACUACUGGCAAAGCUCUAA